UAGUCGUUACACUCACGCUAUUCGCGGCUGUCAGACUCCUUUGCGAGAAUAUGGACUAUCCUACAUCUAAACCUUUACAACACUAGAACAAUGGAGCGAUCGAACACAAUGUGUCAUAAAAACUAUGGUGAUCUCGGAAGCGAAUUCAUUAUUGAGCACCGGAAAAUCAAAACCACGAACCUCUGGAUAGCUUUAAUUAUUUCUGUCAUAUUUGCAUUAUGCGUUGAUCUACACACAAAGGACAUCUACCAUCUAUGGUCUAUUUCAGCUGUUUUGUUUGGUGUUCUAGUUUUCAAACUCUACACAAAAGUACACAGAGAGGUGAUCCUAAUAUUACCCACAGUUGGUGUACAACUGAAGACGGAGUACAUGCUGGGAUUGAAGUGCACCAAGUUCAUAGAUCUCUCGCACAUCCGGGACAUCAUCAUCAAUGAAGCUAUCACUAUGCAAAGUGUCAUCAGUUAUCUUGCUGUUUUACUGAAGGAAGAAAAAUCCGGAAAGUUAAAAACUUUGUAUCCAUUAUUUUCGAACUCCAGGUAUGGGAUGGACUGUCUCACAGCAGUGUAUGAGGUCUCGCAAGAAAAGCUCUUCCCUAAACGCACAUGACAAUGAACCGGAUGAUGGAUGAUGCUGCAGAAUUGCGUGCAUACUAAGUCAUCGCGAUACGCUGUGCCUUAGUGCGAUACAGACGAUGCAUGCACAUAUAUAGAAACAUCUUGAACAUGAUAAGGAAUUGUUGAUAAUGAUUUUGGACGGCAUGUGAAAAUGCUGGCAAGCUUUUGUUAAAUUAACCGACGCAAACAGACCAAACGUGUCUUCACCAGACGAAGUCAGUUGUUCAUGUAUGGCAUCGGAAGUUACUAUGGAGAUAUGUAUUCAGUCGCGACCAAGUGUAUCUCCACAACCCUACACAUAGACGUUCACAAUGACUGUGUGAGUGAUCUAUAUUUUACGAUGUACUCGACAGUAUUUCGGUGACAUCAGGGCGUGUCAGAAACAAAAUGUGGGAAACAAAGCUCAAAGAGGAUCCAGGUAUGGGACGUUAUGUCUAACAGCGCUUGAGACUACUGGGUAAUCGUGCUCCCUUAAUAACUAUGAGUGAGUUUUGUUUCACGCUGUUGUGAGCAUUAAUCCAGUAAUAUGAAAGAGAGAGAGAGAGAGAGAUUCACAUAUGUAGGGAAUCGAACCGGGUCUCCGGCGUGAAGAGCCUGUGAUGUAACCACUAGGCUAUCCAACGCCACAAGUACAUUGAAUCAGAUGGAAUAUGAAGAGUACUUCUAUCUUUUAUAUUGACAAUGGCAUCCAUAAACAUAAUUAUCAGGGAGGUCCGUAUAAUUUUUGUGUGGUGAUCUGUGUGGGUAAAGUGUCACGGCGUUGUUGUAGUCUUCGUAUUUGGCGCCCUUUUUAUGUAUUUACGUUUUGCACAAUACAAUAUUUUUACACGA